CGCCAAGUUAUUUCCUUCUUGCUUUUUGCUACUUAUCCCAGCUAGCGACUCAAGUAGAUCAUACACCGAAAAGUACUGCUCAAGGUUUUCAAUCAUGGCGCCUAAAAAAUCAAAGGCAUCCAAGAUGUCUCUCAAUGAAUUUCUCGGCGAUAGCACGCUGGGAUCAUGGGCGGAUGAGAUGGAUUCUCUUCCGAGUGCUCCGUCGAUAAGAACGGACGAUGAUGGGUCUCGUCCAGGUGAUCGGUUUGGAAGAAGGGAUGACUUUUCCUCGCGACCCGAUCGAUCGUUUGCGUCCCCUCGAGAAGAUCUCCCCUUGCCCACCCAACCGCCUUACACCGCCUACGUCGCAAAUCUAUCCUUUGACAUCACUGAAAGCGAAAUUGAAAGCUUCUUCGGUCCUCAUCAGACCAAAUCCAUUAAAAUCAUCAAGGAUCGUGAUGACAAGCCAAAAGGCUUUGGAUAUGUCGAGUUCGCAGAGCUCGAUGGACUAAAAGAUGCGCUGGCAAAGAGCGGUAGUAGCCUCUCUGGACGCACAGUUCGUACCAGCGUUGCUGAGCCUCCAAAGGAAAGGUCAGGCUUCUCAGGGUCUCAAUUUGAAGACGAUUCCAAGUUCUCUGGGAACUGGCGCCGUGAGGGCCCCCCACCUAAUGUGCAGGACUCGCGCGAUUCCUCCCGACGUCGGUUCGAUGGUCCUCCGGGAGAUCGCAUGCCACCUCCUCCUAGUGUCUCAGACGAAGUCAGCCAGUGGAGGUCGUCUAAGCCUCUUGCAAAGAUCCCUGAACCAGAGGCACCGUCAUUUAAGCGUAGGGGCUCAGGAUUCUCUACACCCGAAGGUUCCUCGCCUGCAGACAACGAUGAGAAAUGGUCUCUUGGGAGCAAGUUCAAGCCAUCCACAGAAGAGCCCCCUUCGAGAUUCGGGAGUUUGAGAGGGAGCCGUGAUUCGCAGCAUGCGGGAGACUUACCUGCUGAUGAGGGCGACUGGCGCAGCGGACGAUCGAGAACAUCGCCAACCAGUUCCACACCCCCUACACCCCAGAUGGGUCGUCGUAAGCUCGAGCUUCUCCCUCGUACUUCUUCCAGCUCUGCCAGUCCUUCUCCCCUCUCUUCUCCGAAAAUGGCUUCUAACCCUGGUGCCCCGGCUGCACCUAAAGCCAGUCCGUUUGGCGCAGCCAGACCCGUCGACGUUACCACCAAAGAACGCGAAAUUACUGCCCGCGUCGAGAAAGACCGUGAAGCUUUGAAGGAACGCGUUCCGCACCCAAUGUCACGCAACUCCUCCCGUCAAGCGACUGAGCGAAGUUCUGUUACUGCUACACGGUCACCGCCCCAAGUUAUUGCUACGCCGCCUACCCCCGGAUCUCCGCGCGUUUCUCAUGCUACACCAGCCAUCUCGGCAAACAUCAGACCAUCAAUCAGCUUCGCAAGUGCUGCUAGCGCAAAGAAGGAUGCACUAAACGCCAGGGCUGAAGAGAAGGAAGAUGCGCCCAUGGACAAGAUCACUGAGCAGGUGGCAGAAGUAACCGUGUAGCGCGUUGUGUUUAUGACUUUUUAUCUCCACACUUACUCUAAUUUCUAUGCAUUGUGAUUUUGGGGUAUUGUGGGUGAUUUUGAUGAGCACGGUGUAACAAACUAUAGGACAUUAAUAUGAACAUGAGCUCUUCU